AUGGGUUGUUGUUCAAGCAAAGAUUUGAUCAAAAAAGAUGAGAACGAGAAACAAUACCAACAACAACCAGGACAGGCAACAUCCUCAUCCCCUAAACCAUUAAGUCGUCACGUGAGUCUACUUCGGAAUGGUACAAAAAAUAGCACAAAAACACGAAGACCAAAAGAAGAAUCAAUAAUCGUUGAAUCAGAUCCACUGGAAGAUGAAAAUAAUCAUCUAGCGAAAUAUUUCAAGAGAACGCCAUCAACAAUCAAAUUCUCACGGAAAACUACUUCACUUCGAUUAUCCAAAAAGAAGAAAAGUAAAAGUAUUACUACUAACGUCAGAUCAAAUUCUGUUCAUAGUGAUACUCUAAGAUAUCAACAUAAACAAUAUCAAUUUGAACAUGAAGGAGAUACAUUAUCAAUUAAUUUGAAUUGUUUUAUCGAUUUUAAUAAUGAUGACAAAUUCUCUCAAAUUUCCGGGCGAAAUGUGGAGAGUAAAAGAGCAACGAUGAGUGAUGUUAACGAAACGACCGUAGAUGUUCAUUCAUUUUCUAAAAAACCAAGGCAACAUUCGAUAGCACACGACGAUAAUGAAGAACACCGUGAAAGUGCUGCAAGUCGUCAUAAUAGUAAUCGGUCUAGCAAAAUAAUAAGACACAAACCACUUUGCCAGACAGCUACACAAAUCGAUGAUGAUACUUCACUUUAUAGUGCUGACGAAGAAGAGACACAACAAGAAAAUCCACAACAACGACCAUCCGCAAGGUACUUGCAACGAAAAGGAACACUGAACAGACAUGCGAAAUUCUAUGAGCAAAGAGAUUACAGAAAAUCAUUACCUCAGCAAUCAACUACGCUGUCACAUUAUUUAGCGUAUGACCAAGAACAAGAUAACAAACGACGUAGCAUGGGAAAUAAAGGAUCCCAUGAUAACUGGGAUGAGAGUGUUUCCAGGACAUCAGUGAUAAAAUCAAUUGAUCAAUCACAGAAUUCAAGUCUCCGACAUUCAAGUAUGCGAAUCAAAGGGAAAUCCGCAUUACGACAAUCAACUGAUAAUUAUGCAAGCUUUAAUUCUUCCACCGAUGAUAAACAACAAUCGGAAACACGACCUAAUGACCAGUUACGAUUAUCAGCCGAACAAGUUGCCCUAUUAGAGAAAGCGGACGAACAAUUUGCCAAUGAUUUACUGAAUUCCAAUCUCAAUGAAGCAUAUAUGCAAGAAGAUUUUGAAUUUGUGCAAGUUCAUUCUCCAACUUGGUCAAUGGCAACCAGUGAUGAUGAUGAUGAGACUGAGAACAUUCAAUUCUGUCAUGGUCAAUUAGAAAAAUUACAGCCAGUUGAAGCGAUUCUCACUCCCCUGCACAAUAUUAAGCGAUUGAGCAGACGUACAAGUAAUGGAAAAAGAUUAAACUUGAGUGAUCCAAAACUCCGGGAAACUCUAAUUGCACUAAAUGAGGAUACCGAAUUUAAUUUCUCUGUCCCAUCGUCGAAUAAAGAACCAGAAAACAAAGAUAAAUUACCAACAAUUGAUGUAGCGAAAUCACUGGAUUACGAUGGGAAUGAGAAGAAAAACAAUGAGAUGAAAAACAAUGAGAGGAAAAACAACAAGAAAUCUCGAAAUCCAGAAGCAAGGCCAAAAACAUUUUACGGAAAGCUUUAUAGUUAUGGUGAAAGCAGUAAUUCACAUCAAACGACCACCCUCACCAACAACAAUGACAGUAAGAGUAAUCAACUCGAAGUAACACGUGCAUCACAAAUAAAAAGAUUCAGUGCUGGUAACGAAAGACCACUAUCACCAAACUUUGAAAGGUUUAUUUCAUUCGAUGCAAAUGGAGUCAAGCGGGUGGCAUCAAUGGUCACCACUACAGACAAUCAUCUAUCACAUCGAGAAUCAAUAAGUACUCGACGAAGUAAACGAAGAUCAAUACAUGAUGACGAAAUUGACGAUUAUCUAGAUCUCGGUAAUUGUCAACAAUGUCAUCGUCCAAACAUUGGUGUCGAUUGGUGCAAAAAUUGUAAUGCGAAGCAUUUCGCCGAAGAUUUUUCAGAAUGGGAUAGUGGCAUGGAUGAAGUCAAUAGUUUCAUAAAGGCAACACAAUUGUCUGCUGACAAUUCAAUGCGAAUUAUCGAAUGGAUUUCAUAUGAUCAGUUUAGUAAUAUCGAGAAUAUCGGAAAGGGUGGUUAUAGUAUAGUAGAUAAGGCUACUUGGAUUAAUGGGCGAAUACGUGCGUGGGAUCAUGACUAUAAACGCUGGUCACGAUAUGGAAAUCAUCCCGUUGUGCUUAAAAGACUUGUAAAUUCGAAAAGAAUGACCUUGACUUUUCUUAAUGAGUUAAAAAUACAAUGGAAUAUUGUAUCAUCAGACAUGCCAACUUGGUUUGGAAUUACGCGUGAUCCAGCAACACAAGAUUUCAUACUCGUGAUGGAACAGAUUGACGGGAAUCUACACAACUACCUGCAAAAAUCAUUUUCACAAAUCACGUGGAUUUCUAAGGUAGAAAUACUACUCGACCUCACUUGGAUCCUCUGGACAAUCCAUGAAUCAGGAAUCGUGCAUCAAGACUUACAUAGUGGCAACAUUCUUUGGGAAUCAGGUUCACCGAAGAUAAGCGAUCUUGAUGGAAAUUUAUCUAUUGCUAAACAAUUUGAAGAUGCAGAAAGAUUGAGGGUGAAUGCCAUCGUACUGGGUGAUAAAAUUGAGCAACAUCAUCCAGAAGCGAUUUAUACUAGCCGUGCUUUACCUGUUGUUUCCGAGUCUGGAGAAAGACUCGAAAUCCGUUCGGCGAAUACUCGAAUUUCCGUGCAAAUCACUCUUGACCAAGAAACACCACAAAUACAAAUUGAAUCUCCUCCAUCUGAUUAA